UCGAUGAAAAUAAUAAAGAUGAAGGAAUUUCUUGUUGUUUGGAGCUAUUCUAAAAAAGAAAUGUUACCACGUUGAUGUAUUCUGUAAAUUCAUUCAGGUGGAUCGACACAUUUAAUGAUCAUGAAGAGUAUUUAAUUUUCUUUACUCUAUCUUGGGAUAAAUGCUUGACAAUAACAUUAUAAAAACUUCGUGUUAAAUUUGAGUAUAAGGAUGAGUAACAAAUCAUCAGAGACUCUUGACAAUUAUUGCUGCGUUAGACAAUGCAGGAAUUACAAGAAUAUUUAUGCUAAAAUGGAUUUAUAUCCAUUACCCGCAGAUUUAAUGCGAAGAGAAAAAUUUUGCAAGAUUUUGGGUAUACCAAGGUACGUUGGCUCGAAUCCUGCUGCAAGAGUUUGUGCUCUUCAUUUUAAAAGUAAAGUUGGUAGUUAUAGACCUUCUCCUCCCACUGUACCACAGGCUAUAUUCGCCCAACCAGUUACUUUAAUGAUUCAGGAUGGCCGACGUCAUAUUAAGCCUUUAUUACCUAGAAUACAGCCAACUUCUUUUCCUGCACCAGUGCAACAACCAUUGGUAUUGCAACAACCAGUAACUUUGGCAUUUAAUCCAAGACCAGUUACAAAUAUGCAACAAAAUGAGUCUCCCAAGGAACCUCCAGAUGAUAUCAGCAUUGAUAAAAUUAUUGAAGAUGAUUUGAUAAAGAAUGACACACCUUGUAAUUCACCAAAUAUAACACUUCAGCUUGAAUGUGAAGAAGAUCUUCUUAGUACUACUCAGUUAAAUGCUUACAUGAAAGAUCUUAUGGAUUUUGUUAAUGCCAAUGAACUUGUAUAUAAACUACCUCCACCUGAGCCAAAAGGUUUAAUUUCUCCUUUAAUAGCAUCAAACAAUUCAGCAUCGGAUGAAUUGCCUCCCUUAGAGCCAAUUAUUAAAAAUACUUCAAUAAUUAGUAAUCCUGCGACCUUAUCAUCAUCCAUCCCUAACUCUCAGUUUUUUACAAUGUUUUCUCCAUCAAAUAAAGGGAUAGGUGUUGUUUCAAAUUCACUUUCAUUAUUCAACAAUGUUAUCAGUAAUUCAUCUAAAGUUGAAACUAUAACUACAUCAUCAUCAGCCUGUCCACCAUUAUUUGUUCAUUCACCAGUUCUUACUCCUCGUACUGUGUCUAACACAGUAAGUGAUAAAAAUUCUGCAUUUAUUAGUAUGAAUGGAAAACCAUUGAGCGGUUCAUCCAUUGGAGCUACCUUGUCAACAAAUGGACUUGUCUCUCGCUGUGGGCAAAUAUCUACUGCUGCUACCAGUAGUUCUGCUGUAAAUAUUUUAUCAGAUAUGAAAUUAAAUUCAACUUUUUCUGCUUCUGGUUCAAGUUUACAUCCACAGACUGUGACAACAUCUUUCCUUCCUAUUACUUCAAAUGGAAAUCCAUUUCCUAAUUUGUCACCUCUUACAAAUUCUAUAUCUUCUCCUACUAUAACAAAAAAUCCUUCAGGAAUCCAAGCAAAUUCAGUUUAUCAAAUCUUGCCAGAGAAAUAUAAAAUUGUAAAUGCUGUUUCUAACAACACUGCUAUUCCUGUGAUGCUGUUGAAAGCCCUUGAUUUCAAUGAUACUGGGCAGUCUUUUAUAAAACCUACAACAUCAGCAUCUAACAGUCCAGUUACAAUUGUCGGAAGGGAUCCAGAUGAAACAGAAACUUGUGCUGCAAGCUUGUGUGAUGUUACUCUUGAUGAAACACCUGAACAAAUAUUAGUUUCUCAAGAACAAACGAUUUCCAGUAAUGAUCAGUCAACAAUGUAUAAUCAAGCAAAUGGAAGUUCAGUAGACAAAAUUUCUAUUCAUGAUGAAAUCAAGGAACCUCCUGUUUGUGCUGAAGAAAGUCAGCCAUCCAGCAGUAAGAUUAAUGGCCAAAUAGGGCCUGUCAUUGUUGAUGUAAUCAGUGCAAAAGAAGGUGCUACUGAAUAUUUCAAUGGCAAUGCAGUACCGAACAUUCUUCUCGAUAAUAGUAAAAAAGCUGAAGAUUCUAAUAAUGCUUUGUAUACCAAUCAGUUGGAUGCAUCUGUAAGGCUAAACUUGGAGAAAGUUAUAAAUAGUACAGUAGAUAAAAUAAUUCCUGUUACUCAUAAAGAUUCAAUCUUUAACCUUCAAAAAUCUAUCCCUGUAAUUCCAAAUGGAUACCUAGUCUAUUCAGAACCAUUGCGCUUGUUCAAAAUAAAAACUCCAAUGCCAAUUAAACGUAUUGAGGAAGCUGAGAAUUUAAGAAAAAAACUGCAGCUGGAAAAUUUUAUUCCUUUGGCUGUGUGGUGGCUUAUCCAGAGACGAUAUAUGCCUCCGAUACAGUCAUGUGAGCUUUGUGGUUCAAAAAAAUUUAUUGUUGACAAAAAUGACAACUACCCUGAUGGCUUUUGUUGGACUUGUGCAAAUACAAUUUGUCCUGUUCAAAAACCUAUUAAAAGACCAGCUUUUUUUGAGCGUUUCAAAUUGUAUUCGAUACGAGACCUAUUGUUAUUAACAUAUCAUUGGGCUUGCCAGUCAAGUUUUGAAGAAAUAACUCAAGAUGUCAACAUGGACUGUGAAAAGAUUUGGUAUUAUUUCAAGGCACUUCAAGAACUCUGUCACCAAGUCGCAAUUAGAAAAGGAAAAUUGGGACUUGUUCCAGGCAGUAUGGUGGAGACAUCUGUUGUGAAGAUGGGAGAUGUUUUUAUACUAGGAGCCAUGGAUAGGAAAACACGUUAUGUUCGGUUAGAAGCUCUAACUGAAUUAGAAGCCUAUGAAUCCUCCCGUCAUAUCAGUCUAUUAGAACAAUGGGUUAAUAAACAUGGCACAAUAAUAAGUGAGAAUCAGCUUCCUGAUACUUGUCUAUUAAAUAUUCAAAAAGUUGCUGCAGAUCCUAUUGUUUUAGAUCCUAAUAGUUCACUACCACACACAUUGAACAUUUCAAAAUACCUGUCCAAAAAUAUGACAACCAUAUUUGGAAUGGUUAAUCAACAUACUUUGAAAAAAAAUGAUAUCCAAGGUUUUUUGUAUGAGCUUCAGUGGCGAGUUAAAUAUGGAAAAUUCGUGGAUAUGUCAUUUUGGAGUAUUCUCAACCACAUCAGAGAACAAAAUCCAGAAGAAAGUUCAACAGUUCAGAUUAGAAAAGGUGAAUUUCCAUGUGAUUUAUCUAAUAUGGAAGUGAACAAUGCUUUUUAUGUCCGGUGGGGACCAAAUUUCGAAGAUGGAGAAAAGAAUUCUGAGGAUCCGGAACCCAAGUUAUCAGGCAAAGAUACCAAAUCAUACUCAAAGGAAUCAAAUGGUUGUUUUAGUGAUUAUUUCCAUGAUAUACCUGAAAUUGUUGGAGGAUGUUCUAUGGUCACUUCUAAAUCAUUAUUGGCUGUCAAGAUUCGUUUUGGAGAAUCUCCCAAUGAUAUUGAUUUUUACAAAUCUGAUGCGAUAUGUUUAGGACUUAAACUGAAAUCUGAAGGUUUUAUUACCAAUCCUAUCAAAUGGCUGGUAAAGAAAGGCUUUAUUAAGAAUACAAGUAUUUGUUAUGUUUGUCGAGAUGUAGCACUUUUAAAAGCAAGCACUAGAUUCAAUGAUGGCUGUUCAUGGCUUUGCCAGAAUGAAAAGUGCAAGUUUGAAAAUGCAUUUAGAAGACCAAGCUUUUUUGCUCGCUUUUCCCAGUAUUCCAUGUCUCACAUUGCUGGAUUGAUUUUCCAUUGGAUUGUCCAAUCAGAUGAAUCACUUAUCAACACAGAUAUACCUAUGGAUUCUUGUAAACUUUUAGAUUUCUGGCGGUCAUUUCAAGUUCUUUGUUCCUCAGCCUUAAAACGUAAAAAAGAAAAAAUAGGGGGAGAGGAACAUAUUGUAGAAGUUGCUGUGAUAAGAUUUGGAAAAUUAACAAUUUUAGGAGCAAUGGACCGUGAAACCAAACGCCCUCUCAUUCAAGCAUUCCCAGCUGAAAUGGGAAAAAUUGAUAAUCUUUAUUAUACAUUAUAUUCUUGGAUUCAUCCAAAAUCAAUCAUUGUUGUAGAUGCAACUAAAAAAUUCCAAAUGCAGCGAAGGUUUGAUUGUUACAAAAUAAUCCUUGCUAACACACAUGUUGUUGAUAGCAGUCAUCUCAGCUGCCAUGUUUUGAACAUUAAAUAUUAUCUUUUAAAUCAUCUCUCCAACAUGUUUUCGCACAUAAAACCUGAAUUAAUGAGGCAAGAAGUAAUGCAGAAUUAUUUAGAAGAAUUGAUGUGGAGAGAUCAUUAUGGCAAGGAACCUCAGCAGGCAUUUGUUUAUAUGAUGAAUGAAAUAUUUUAUAAUGACUUAAGAAGUAAAUCUGAUUUUCUAUUAGAAAAGAAAGAACCAGAGUUCAUUCCAGUUACAUUUAAAGAGCUUCGUGUUGUUUUGCGAAGAAUUCCAAAAUCUGUAUUGAAGUUUUAUGGUUGUGAGAUAUCAGACUCAACAAAGACUUCAGAGAGUACAAAUUCUACAAUUUCUCAAGAAGAGCCAUCAAGCUCUGCUCUUGAGGCUACAGAUGACAUACAAGUUAUUGAAGAUACUGUGCAAUGUUCCAAUGAAAAAACUGUAGAAAGUGACGAUGAAAUCAUAAUUUUAGAUGCAGAAUCAUCAAGUAAUAUUCCUGAGAACAAAGAAAUUGUGCUUGAGCAAUCUCCUACUUCUGAACUUCCUGAUGUUUCUGAAUGUACCUCAUCUUCUGCCCCCAGUGAAAUUUGUACGAACAAAGUUCAGCCUUUAGUCAUUAAAAUGCACAAAAAACGGAAAAAAUUCAGAUCUUAUCUUAAAUCCGAACUGGAGAAGGUGAAAAAGCUGGAACUUGAAAAAGAUCUUCAAAAUGGUAUUUCAGAUAUUCCAAAUACUGCUCUUAGAACUGACUUGAAGGAACCUGAAUGUGACAUGAUGGAAUUUCCCGACAUUAUUUCAUCAGAUUCUUCUCAUUCAAACACAUGGGAAACACAGUCCACCGACAGUGCUAAAUCUAGUAAAAAAGUGACUAGAAAUCACUCGGCACGAUAUUCUAGUUCUGUACAGAAAGAAAAAGUACCAAAGUGUAUAGAAUGUGGGGAAACUGUAAGUCCUUCAUAUGAUCAUUUUAGUAAACUGUUCAACUGCACAGACUGCAAAAAGAACUCUGUAUAUAUGACUUGUUGUUCCAAAGCAUUUUUUGAGCAUAGAGGAUCCAUUUUAUUCGGCAAGAGGAUGCCCCGGCGCAUGAAAGAAGACUAUGGUCUUCAUCGUCCCAUCAUUAUGCAAUUUCCUUGGCACUGUGCUUGUGGCUUUAAUACUAAGAAUGGCAAUAAAUUAGCUUCUCAUAUGUUGAAAUGUAGAAAAAGGACUUGCUAUUAUCAUCAAAAUGUAUUAUAGCGAUCCACGCUAUUUAAUAGAUUUUUUUGCAUUUGUAUAAAUCUUGUUUAUAUUUUUUACUGUAUAUAUGAAAAAUUUAUGGCAUGCAAAAUUUAUAUAUUUGAAAUAAAGCUAUUUAUUACAAACUUUUA